AUGGGGUCUGCUCCGCAAAUCCAACCCGUGGGCCAAGGCCUUAUGAGAGAAGACGAACCUCUUCUUUCUCAGGAUAUCUCCGACCUGUCGAGUACCGAGGGUGACAGUGAUUCCGAGAGCGCCGAUACCGCCAUCUUCGAAGGCCACUCACUCCGCACGAGGAGAUUAGGUGCUGCGCCGUUGACAAUCAAUGGCCGACGGCUAUUAUCCGAUGAAAAUGAUGACGGCGGCCCUGACGGCAUGUCGGGACAAGCAGAAGACCAGGAAAAGCCGGUGACUUGGAGCUCGCUGCCGAAGAAAGGCCAACUAGCAAUUUUGACAUUUGCUCGAUUGUCGGAGCCCUUGACUCAGACUUCUCUGCAAGCAUAUAUGUUCUAUCAGCUCAAAUCUUUCGAUCCUUCCCUACCGGACUCGGAAAUCACUGUGCAGGCUGGUAUUCUCCAAGGUAGCUUCACAGCUGCGCAAUUUCUCACUGCUGUUUGGUGGGGCCGGCUCGCUGAUGCUGAAUGGAUGGGAAGGAAAAGAGUUCUUUUGAUUGGACUGCUGGGCACUUGUAUAUCUUGCCUGGGAUUCGGAUUUUCUCGGUCGUUUACUUCUGCCAUGGUCUUUCGGACACUUGGUGGAGUAUUAAACAGUAAUGUUGGCGUGAUGAGAACUUUAAUUGCGGAGAUCAUUGUUGAGAAGAAGUUUCAAUCCCGAGCAUUCCUGCUCCUCCCCAUGUGCUUCAACAUUGGUGUCAUCAUUGGUCCAAUACUCGGCGGCUCCUUGGCCGACCCUGUCCACAGCUUUCCGCAGUUAUUCGGGCCUGAUUCGGUCUUUGGUGGCAAGGAAGGUAUCUGGUGGAUGCAGCGCUGGCCGUAUGCGUUGCCCAAUGUGCUGAGUGCAAUCUUCAUCUUUGCAUCAGUACUCGCGGUCUUCCUUGGCCUCGAUGAAACACACGAAAUCGCACGAUACAGAAAAGACUGGGGCCGCAGACUGGGAAAGCGAAUCCAGCGAGCUCUGACCCGACCAAGCAAGUACCACCGUCCAUUACCACGAGCCCGGAACGAUGGCUCUGUCUAUCUCGACGACGAUGAGACCUGGUCGGUGCCAUCAAGUCCCGCCCGAUCACGCAUCCAAACCAGGGCACACAAACGCCCAGGCUUCCGACAGAUUUGGACACGCAAUGUCCUCCUGACCCUGCUGGCUCACUUCCUCCUUGCCUUCCACACGAGUGCUUUCGGCUCCAUGACGUUCGUCUUCCUUCCCACUCCCCGGGCCCCAGAGGGCUCCCGCAGAGGACUUUUCCACUUCAAUGGUGGACUGGGACUCCCGUCUUCCCGCGUUGGACUUGCUACAGCCAUCAUCGGCUUCGUUGGUCUGCCGCUGCAGAUCUUCCUCUAUCCGAAAAUACAGACAAAGCUCGGGACAAUGGCCUCGGCCCGUCUGUUCAUGCCAUUCUCGCCUCUAUCAUACAUCUUGAUGCCAUUCCUUGUGAUUCUUCCGCGCAUACCAUGGAUUGUAUGGCCUUGCUUUACUCUGGUCGUUAGCUUCCAGGUCAUCUCGCGGACAUUCAUCCUGCCCGCUGCCAUUAUUCUUGUCAAUAACUGUGUCACGGAUCCAUCUGUCUUGGGCACUGUUCAUGGCGUGGCGCAGAGUAUCUCCAGUGCGGCCCGCACCCUAGGUCCAUUCCUAGGUGGUUGGGGUCUUGGCCUAGGCCUUGAGAACAAUAUGAUUGGGGGUGUCUGGUGGGCAUUGGCUGUUGAGGCCCUGAUUGGAUGGGCUGUUUUCUACACCAUUUACGAGGGUAAGGGAAUUGAACGAAAGAAGGAAGUGGAGGAAGAUGAAGAAUGA